CAUCAAUCUUGAAAAUGUCCGUCACACUUGUCAGGCAGUAAAAGAUUUUCGUAGGUGCUCCCGUGUCUAUUUAUGUGCUUUAAAGUGUGAUGAGUGCCGGCUAUUUAUCGUUUUUGUCCCAGCCUACACUUACACAAGAGGUUGUAUUUUCACACAGAACUACCUAGAUUCCAGCCAGAGUAAGGAGGACGGGGUGAUAACUUGACACCUCUGGUCGUAAGGAUAAUUAACGAUUUUUGAUUCAUUCAGAUAAGCAUAAGUAGAUAAUUCAUGAGUGACGGGCACACCUGUCACCGUCACGUUUAUUUGUUCAAGAAGCUACAAUUUGAUCUCUGCUAUUUUCUGUUCUGUGCUUUCUUGUGUUUUAUCGAUGCUUUAGAGUUCUUGCAAAGAAUGACCGUUAUUGUCUGAGCUGCGAAGUUUUCUCGCUCUCCUCGUUCCGACGUUCAUUCAGUGGAAAACUCGAAAUUGGCUUUCGAACGAUUUCCUCAAGAUGGGUUGUGGUGCAAGCAAGAAGCCUGUGGAGCUGGAGGUGGCGCCAGAGGUGGAGCCGGAGCCCGAGGUGGAAGCCGUGGAAGAAGUAGUGGAGGAGGUGGUCGUCAUCGUGGAAAAACCGCCAAGCGAGGCUUCGACUGCAGCGGACGAAGCCGAAUUGGCAAAAGCACCCUUUGCAGCCAGCCGAUCGCUUUACGUACGCGCUGCAUUGAAGCAUCCAAUCGUCGGGCCGUUGUUAGAACUGAACCUGAGAAAAAUCGGUCGUGCGUGGUCAGAAUUGGCUGCCAACAACGGAAUUGGAGACCACCAGGACUUAGAGCGGUGGUGCCUUUUGAGUACUUAUCUACUAGUACGCACGAUAGUGAUGCCCCUUCAUCUCAUAGUUCAGUAAGUUGAUCUUCUCUUCCUAAUAAGUUAGUCACGGUGUUGAUGUCUAUGUUGGCAAUCCGAUUUCAGCCGAUCAUAUUUCGAAAGUAGAGAACUCAACUUUAAUUUUCAAAAAGAUCCGAAGGACACGACGGAGUACGAGUGGAUCAUUGUUGUGACGCCUCGAAUGGCUUUCGUCGAGUUCCUUGCAACUUACUGGAAGUCUACUCGGUAUUAUUACCACCCUAUCGAAGUAACGAAGUACGCCGCGGACCCUGGGGCCCUGUACUCCGGCGUAGUCGAUGAGAACCCAGGGCUAACGCAGCGGAUUUCGGCAGAUGACGAAGUGGACGGGGAAGGACGGAAGCUGGCGGGCAAGGGAAUGAGGAAGAAAGGCGCAUUGAAGGGAAAGAAAGCAGGGGACCUGCUGAAGAAGAAAGCACGGGGGGCCAUGGGCCUGUUAAAGCUGGGUGGCGCGGCAAUGAAAGCGAAAAUGACACAAGCGCGAUCCGCCGGAGCGGGUCCUGGGGGAGCGCACCUAUGUAUGUGUGGGACGAACGGGAGUGAGCCUGACCUCUUCGAGGUGGAACAGUGGGUGGCGCGUACGUUGCUCGAAGCUUGGGAACUCUUUAGCCCGAGAACAGAAGAGCAGCUCUUUCAGAAGGAGGCGCAUCCUCUCUACAGAGACCAGAUAAGGUCGUUGUACCAGUGCUUAAAGCAAUUGAAUGCUGGAGCACAGAAGGACAGCUCAAACCCGAUUCCUAAGAACGUUAUGUUAGAUAGGGACUUCAUUGAAUUGAUCGUUCGCCGCAACAGUGAAAACACGCCAGCGGACAUGCGUGAAAACGUCGACACGUAUCGUGCCCUGGUCCUACGAGCCUUUGCCUGGCAGCCGGCCUUCGGGGCGGAGGAUGCGCCCAUCGACACAUUGACAUUGAUACGUCUCGCCUGUGUGAGCAGUUUUGAUCUUGCACUGGAAAAAAUGAUGCUGCAAUUGAAAUAUCACAAAUGGAUCAUUGCGAACACGCACAAAUUCUUUGCGCCAGGGUUCACCAUUCACGACGUGAUCAACCGCGCACGCGCCUUUGCAGGGGCUUUGGCUGACCCGAGAUUAAGGCCGGAUCCUAUGCCCCUUUCUCAGGCGGCAGCCACGCUGCGGCUGGAGGGCCGGCGCACGGCGGGCGUGCUGCCAUCAACAGAAACGACUGGUGCGCCGAAUCUGGACGCUCUACGGGAACACAGCUCUAUGGCCUCUUUGUUUGCGGCGCCUGCGAGGCUAGAGGAUGCUGAUGCCAACGCAGCUCCCGAAGGAAUAGUACCCGCCUCCGAAUGGACCAGGCAGGAUAUGCCAGAGGAUCCGGCUUUAGAGCGAAAACUGAAUUACCAGUUUGAUUUAGGCGUGUUCACAUUGUGGGACGCCUGUGACGCGGCCUAUGCAAUUCUACUUUUGGACGAUGCGGAGCGGUUCUCUGAAUUCGUACUACAUACUAUGAUGCCAGAGGAAGAGCACGCAGUCGCACUCUGGACUUACAUAUUCUGCCGAGUCUCGCUGGGUGUACCAGGUCUCCCGGGAAAAUGAAGAAAUAGCGAUACUAGUAAGCUGGAGCUCUUAGAUGAACUCGAACUUCUGAAAAUCAAGGGGUUUCCACAAAAAGUGAUCAGGAAUGUACAGGACAAAUACUAAGUGCAUAGUUUUCAAAAGUCAUGUCGGUAAUGGGACAGAU